AUUAUGGAUGAUGCAUCUCAACGUGAUCAUGCAGCUGCUUCUGCUGAAGAAGAAAAAAAUAAACAAAAUGGUGCUGCAGCUGACACUACACAAAGUAUUGCAGCAUCUGUCGGUGCGUUAGAUGUUGAUCCUAGACAAUAUGCUCUUUCCCAAAUUCGUAUUACUGGAACGAGAUCAAGCGUUUCUUCGGCCGUUUCGGCUUUGCAGCAUUUUCCGCAUAUUGAUACUCUCGAUAUUAUGAUCAUGGAUUCCCCUUAA